AUGGCUGACACAGCCUCAUCCAUGACAUCCGCCAACCGCCGCUCCGUGAACCUGAGGGAGUACGUGCCGUCCUUCGCCGCGCUGGACGACACCACCGCCGCGGUCCCGGCGCCCAGGAAGCCGCAGGCGGUGAUGGACGACGCCGAGCUGCAGCGGAGGAAGCGCCUGGUCGUGUACAAGACCUGCGACGUCGAGGGGAAGGUCCGGGAGUUGGUGCACCACGGCCGCCUCGUCCGCCAGCUCGUCGCGCUCCACCCACGCGGCCCCCAGCUCCGCCACCAGCAACUCCUCUUCUUCCUCGGCGGCACGCAAUAGCACGGAGGCUACAGGUGGCGGCGGCAGUGGCGGUAGGGGUGAAAACCGGCAGGGUACCCGAAACGGGUACCGGAUGGGUACUGAUUCGGGACCAUUUUUCGAAUA